AACGAUGGCAAUCGCAAAGAAAUUGGAAGUCGAGAUCUCACACUCUUAUCCUUCUUCAUCAUUAUCAUCGUCGCUCAACGAAGCUCUGUUAAUCUCUACUAUGUGCAUCAUUGGCUUGCAAGUCCAUGUGCAUUUAAAGGACGGAUCGAUUUUUUCUGGGAUUUUCUACACCAUCUCCGUCGAAAAUGAAUUCGGCAUUGUUUUGAAAAGUGCAAAACUUACCAAGAAGGGAACAAAUAAAGCGAAUGUAGUAAGUAGAAAGAUUGUAGAGACACUUGUUAUUAUGUCUUGCGAUAUUGUUCGAAUUGUUGCGGAGGGAGUCUCGCUUCCGUGCGAUUUUGGAGGCAAUAUUGAGGUGCAAAUGUUGUCUCGGCCGUUGCAGACUUUGCUUCCGAGCCUGAGCCUCGUUCAUAAUCGAUUGGAAAAUAAAGUAAAAGCCUUGAAAUCUGGCAAGGAUCAAGAACCAAGGAGUCUUUCACCAAGUUGUACCAAAGAUGCCAUAAAAGACCCAGGGACAAAAAAGGAGAUCGGUAUUGCACAGAAUAAACAUCAUCCUAGCUUUAUGAACCACCAACGACAGGCAGGAACCCGCAUCUUGAAGUGUAGUAAACAAAACACUGACGUUCAUCAGGAGGAUAACGUUGAUUCACAAAGCUCAAGUUCUAGCUUGGACAGCACGUCUGAACGUGUACAACCAACAGAACAGGAGAAAAAUAUGCCGGAACAUUCUAGUAACGGUUCCCCCGAAGCCGCUAAGAGGCCCUCUUUAACUGAAAAGUCAUCACCUCUUGAUGAAAACUCAGAAAUGAAUAAAGGUUUCGUAGCAUCUACUAAUAAGUUACAACCAACGCAGGCAACAACAGACCCUUUCACCUCUCAGUAUCAUUCUGUUCAAGCCACACCACCAAUCUUUCUGAUGGUCGGGAGAUCAGGACAGCUUAUGUACAUGCAACCAAUUUCUCAGGAUUUGGUUCAAGGAGCACCACAUUAUUCACAUUUACCCUCUCGCCCUCUCUUUCCUCCACAACAACAGUUCCAGUAUUCAAAGCAUCAAAAUGCACCAGUGCAGCUAUAUGCUCCCCAACCGUUUGCAGCCAGUGAACAUCGGCCUUAUGAGCUCAUGCCUACCAAUAUUCCGGUUAUGCAGUCACCAUUUCCCACUAACGAGCCCAUGCCAAUUCUGGUUCCUAAUGGGUUCUUUGGCCCAAAGUUCCUAUAAAGAGU